AUGGAAAAGCGUGGAGUGAGCGGUCGGGGCGAGCCCAUCCCGAGCAUACUAAAAAAAUCUAAGAAGCACCGUACAGGGGGCGAUCUCGUCGAUAAAAGUACUAAGAUCAGACGAGAAAAAAACGGCUUCAAAAAGGGUGAUGCAAACAUCCCUCUGCCGCAAGGUUGCACACCACUUAUGUACGCCUGUCAACAGGCGAACUAUAAAUCUGUUAUUGAUAUUCUCAAUAAAGAUCCAUCAUCGGUUCGUAUUCGUGAUCGCAGCCUACGUUGCGCGCUGCACUACUGUGCUUCAAGCGGCGCGGGCGCAAGCCAGGCAGCGCGUGCGGCGUGUGCAGACCGCGUGCUAAUGGCUGCUCCAUCACUAGCUGAUGCGCGUGAUGCUGAUGGUCUGACACCAUUACAUUUAGCUGUCGUUCAUGGCAACGUACCACUCGUGCAGACGCUGCUGGCAGCCGGUGCAGAUGUCAACGCUAAGGAUAACGAACAGCAUACCGUUGUUCAUUGGGCUACAGUUUGUGGCGAGGUGGGAGCACUAAGAGCGGUGUUGGCCGCAGGGGCCGACGCAGCUACUCCGGACCAACACGGUGGUUAUCCCUUGCAUUACGCCGCGCAAAUGUGUGGAGCGCCAGCUGCUACAGAUCAUCAGAGCAGAGGAGCAGCCUUGGAAGUACUCCGUGCUUUAGUAAAAGAAGGUGAUGCGAGAGUAGAAGUCAGGGAUGCGGAUGGUCGCACGCCUUUACUAUGGGCUGCAUCCGCCGGCUCAGCCGCCGCGGUGUUAGCUUUACAUCAGGCUGGCGCGAGUGUUGACGAUGCUGACAGAGAUGGCUUAACAGCUUUACACUGUGCGUCGGCGCGAGGACAUACAGAAGCGUUAGAAACAUUAGUGGGUCUUUGCGGUGCUCGUGUUGAUGUUGCUGACUCACAUGGUUGUACACCGUUACACUAUGCAGCUGCACUGGGUCAUGCUGAUGCGACCUCUGCUUUGUUGGUUCAUGGGGCUGAUGCUCAUCGACAAGAUCGAAGAGGUAGAAGUCCUGCUCAUACGGCAGCUGCUAAAGGUCAAAUUGAGACUGUACGCAUUCUUGGAGCCAGAGGAACAAAUUUAUGGCUGCGAAAUUCCAAAGGAGACUUGCCAUUGCAUGAAGCUGUUGCCUCAGGACGUCGAGAAUUAGUAAAAUGGUUAUUAGAUGGAAGACCUUCACAAGUUAAUGCUACGAAUCAUGAAGGGCGAACCCCUCUCCAUAUCGCUGCAGCUACCGAUAAUGCCGAUCUUUGCCGGUUGUUAUUAGACCGCGGUGCAGAAGUUAACCCUGUUGCUAGAUCAGCAAAAAAUGAACCUUUGACGCCUUUAGAUUGCGCAACUAGUAGGGGUCAUCGGUCUACUGCAAAAUAUUUACAAAUGCAAGGUGGUUUACCUGCUUCAAAACUUUCUAAUACACAUAUUGUAAUUGAUGCUGCACCAAUAACUGCAUUACCAACGAGAAAAGUAACAAGUACAAAAAUAGAUGUACGGGACCGCAUACGAAUAGAAAAACGUGAAGUAGUAGAAAUGUCAAGUCCAGUUUCCGACAGAAGGCGUAUUAUUAAAAAAGAUAAUAAAGAGUCAAAGAGUAGUAGUAGUAGUACCUCAUCUGAAGAUCAGAAAAUUAGAAAGAAAACAAAAAAAUACGGGAACAGAUAUACUGAACGCAGACAAAAGCGUAUAGAAAAACAACGGAGUUUUAGUGAUGGUUAUGAUAGCGAAUACGAAAUAUAUGAGAAUAGCCCUGAAAAAGAACAAAAAAAUAAAAGAGAUACCAAAGAUAAGAAAAGCAGGUCAAAAAGUGAGCCAUCUCGGCGAAGUAGAAGCUGUGCAAGGUAUCGUCACCGUUAUUCACGGUCUACGUCAGGAAGCUCAUCAGAAACACCUAGUUAUUCAAAAAAAAGAAGAAGUAGGCGACAUCGAAAGCGUAGUAAACGGAAAUCGACAUCAACAUCAGACAGUAGUACUGAAUCAAGCGAACGACUAAGCAUGAAACGUAAAGGGAAAAAAACCUCUAUUAGAAUCGAAAAUGACUUUGAAAAACAGAGCGUGAAUAUUGUCAAAUUUAAAAAUGCUAACAUACCUCAAGAUAUUGAAGUAGAAGAAAGUGAUAAAGGUAAAAUUUUACCCUCUAAACCGUUCGAAGCAAACUUAGAAAUAGAACCAGCACCAGAAGCUGACGUAUCAAGGAAUAAAACUCACAGUGAAACAGAAACGGAUACAAUAUCAGUUAAGACUAAUAUGGUAAUUACAGAAGCUCAAAUUCAUAUGGAACGUGAAUCUAGUCAGCAUGGCAAUUCAGAACUAACUGUCACUUUAGAUUCAGCGAAUAAUGUUUCGAUAGAAACAACAAAUUUAUCUAUCACGCAUAAAGAUUUAGAUGAAAAAUCAAAACAAGAAGAUAAAACACAAAAAGAAAAGGACCAUGAUGUUCAAAGUAAUGUGAUAGAAGACAAGAAGAUUGAGAUAAAGCCGCUGGAUAAAUCAGAGCAAUCUACUGAAAAGGAUACAACUGAAAAGAGUUACAGUUUGAAAACUGACGAAGAAGAUACGUCCAAAAUUACUCAUGAUCCUGAUAAAGUAGAAGAUGGUUCAAAAUUAGGAAGUGAAAUAGAAAUACCUGAUUCUUUAAAAGAUUUAGAUAAAGAGACAAAAACUCUUGAAAAUGAACAGUCGUCAAUAGACAUUGAACCGCAAAAUGCAGAAUUAAAACAAAAAGAUAGCAAUGAUAAUAGUUCAGAUACAAUGAAAAUGUCAUCUUUUCAAAUUUUAUCUGGCCCAGAUAAAAUUAUUUCUGAGUGUAAAGAUGAUUCCAAAUCUAGUUUAGAAAAUUUAGGUAAAGAACAAGAAGAGAAGAGUUCACCGAGCGUGUCUUUUUCAAACAAAGACGAAACAAUCAUAAUUAAGGACUCUGAAAAUGCUUCUGAAUGUUUAAUGGAAGAGCAAAAAGAAGUUCUCAAGCAAAGUGAAAGUAUUCCAGCAAAAGAGCACGAUCAAGUUCUAACUAGUUCUAAAGCAGCUAGCAGUGAAGAUAUUCAAAUUCCUGAUAAAGGUAUUAUAACAAUACUAGACAAUGAUACAACAACUGAGGAUCGAGCAGUGCAGCAAGUUAUUUUACAAGAUGAAAAGGACUAUGAAAGUCUUCCAUUGUCACAGAUCUCUCCCAGACGUGUUAGUAAAUCUUCAAAAGAUAGCCAAGUAAGUAGUAGGAAAAGCAGUAUUUAUGAAACCGAAAGUUACAAAGUUCUAUCAGACACUGUAGGCACGGCAGAGUUAAACGUCGGUAUAUUAAAAAAAUCUAACACAAUGGGAGAAGAAAAUAUGCGGGAUGUAAGAGAAAGUUCAUUUGGAAGAAUCCCUAGUAUAAGUGAUAAUGAAAUUUACUAUAGUCUAUCAGAAGCAAAUGGUCGAAGAAAACGUUUUCGGAAGAAAGGUAGAUUGAAAAGUAGAAUAACAAUCAGGUCUAAAAGUGAGAAUUCAGAAAGAGGUUAUGAAUCUAGCGGCUUAAUGGAUUCUGGUUUUGAACCUAGUCCACGACCAGUCCAACGUUUAAUUAUGAGUCCAAGACUUAAUGCCUACUACCAACAACGUCGGAGUGCAAGACAUUUAGGAAAAUCUGACAGUAAAAUACCGGUUCGAAAACCAGGAGAUAAGAAAGCUGUAGAUAUGAAGUCUGUCACACAAAGAAUACAAACAAAUAUGAGGAGGUAUUAUUGUGAACGAAAAAUCUUUCAACAUUUAUUAGAACUAAAACGCUUACAAAUAAGAACGAGUAAAGCGAAUGAGGCCGUCUUAGUGAAAAGAGCUAUUGAUGAAUUUAACAAAUCUAGUCUGUCUAAUGUUGGAUUGGGUCCUUAUAAUAGCACCGAUUAUUCAUUUAGCAGUUUUGAGCAAUUUCUUUAUGAAAGUUUAAGAAAAUUGCAAAAAAGUGGUAAGAGACAUUUAGAUAAUUUACCAGAAAAGGCAAUUGAUUUUGAUUAUGGAGAAAGCGAAUUAUACAAAAUGAGUGCUAUUCCGGAUAACCCAUGUCUGUGCACGAGUAAAACCCAUCGAUGUUUUCACGCAGUACAUGCUUAUACAGGAAUUCCUUGCUCCGCGUACAUUCCCUAUAAAUGGAAUCACCACACUAUGCCCAAGCCAGCUACAGCAGGAACAAGUAAAUCGAAAGGCUUUCUACCUAAAAUUAAUUCAAAACCACCUUCUGGAAAAGCACAUGUAACUCUGGAAGUGUCUCAUGGUACAGAAAGACAACUUAUAGCCUUACCUGCUGAGAAACUGGAUAAAAAUAAAAGAUACUAUGUAACGUUUACCGUCAAAGGUUCUGAACCACCGUCUGACGAUAACGCUUCUCCAAAAUCAUCUACAAAGGCGAGAAGUGGGUGAUAUUGAUAAACGAAUACAGUAAGUAUAAAAUUAACAGAUUGUCAUAAUUUAUAUUGUAAGUUGUUAGUAGUUUGCACAAUUGUAUAAUCGAAAUUCUAUCAUAUUUAUAAAACUUAAAAUUGAAAAUUCUUAUUAUACA